AUGUCCUCCCCGCCCUCCCUCGACCCGGCUCUCCCGCUCCCCAAGCUCAUCGUCUUCGAUCUCGACUACACCCUCUGGCCCUUCUGGGUCGACACGCACGUCACGCCCCCGCUGCGACCGUCCCCAUCCCCCUCCCGCUCCGCCGCCACAGACAAGCACGGCCAAGACUACGCCUUCUACCGCGACGUCCCACGCAUCCUCGACGCCCUCUCCCGCAGCCCCGUCCGCCUCGGCGUCGCCUCGCGCACCCACGCCCCCGGCCUGGCGAGGCGCCUCCUCCGCAUCCUGCACCUGCCGGCCGACGAGGGCCCACGAAGCGCCAUCGACGUGUUCGACGCCGGCCUGGAGAUCUACCCCGGCAGCAAGGUCAAGCAUUUCGAGGCCCUUCACAAGCGCACCGGCAUCCCGUACCACGAUAUGCUGUUCUUCGACGACGAGGCCCGCAAUCGGGAGACGGAGCGCUUGGGGCUGACCAUGAGGCUGGUCAGGGAUGGCGUCUGCUGGAACGAGGUCGAGAGCGGGCUAGAGGAGUGGCGGAGGAGGAGGAGGAGGAGGAGCGAGGACACGAGGCCGUGGCUGGGUUGA